UCAUGACGACACAGCAUUUUCCAGUUAAUUUACUUUAUAACGCUUAAAAUAAACGUUAGGUUUUUGUUUUUUAACCCCAACCACUGGGUUACACAAACUGGGUCACUGCUGGGUUAACUUUACAUUGUUGGGUUAUAUUUAGUAACAACCCAGCUUUUGGGUUAAAUACGGUUCCCGCGGCGACGGUUCGAAUUUUAACGGUCGAGUGACAGUCAACGAUAUACAUGAAUGUAAAAGAGAAAUGGAUUCCUAUGUGAAGGAAAGACUACAGCAGUGGAACCUCUGCCAUUUAAUUGAAACAUUUCAAGAGGAAGGAGUGGAUGAGGAAAGUUUCAUGCUACUGGACGACGCCAGCAUCGCCGCUCUAAUUCCAAGAAUUGGUUUCAGGGUUAAAUUCAAGAAAUAUCAUUCAGAACUUCUGGGAUCUCUGGGCAAUAGCUCUGUCAACAAUCAAUCAUGUCCCAGUCAAUCACCUGUGAGGAAUGACCUACCGACCCCAGCACAGAUAGUACUGGAAAGCUGCCAAACAAGAUCAAGCAACUCAACCUUUGAUAUACGAGAAAUACUGAGCAAUUCUGGAGGAUCGGCGUUAAUAUCAUCUUUAGACAGAGACAGGCACCUAAGCCUCAAGGACCGAUGUCAGAUGGUGCGGUUGUUGGUUUCUCAUUUGAUGGAAAGGUUUGGGGAAAACCCAACAGCCGAGAUCAAAAAGGAGAUGGCUUUGGCAAUAACUGCCCAGUUUCCUUGUCUGAAAAGCAAUGAGGGAUACGGAUAUGAGGUGUGGUAUACACCUUGUCGCUAUCGUCACCCUGCAACCGGGUAUCUAGAAGAAAGACUCCGCAACGUGAGGAAACGUCUGAGGAAACAGCCAUCCCAGAAUUCAUCUUCCCAAACCAGUUUUCCAUUGCCAGAGUCAGAGUUGUCUUCGACUGACAUUCACACAAUGCUUGAGUGGCUGAAGAACAAUAGAGGCCCUCACAGCCAAGUCAUGGAGUUCAUGGGACAAACAGCACCUCAUCAAGCCGCAUGGAUUCGAUCCCCUGGAACGGAAACCAUAGAAGAAAUCAAUGGAGAAUAUCCCAAACUUCACGACUUUCCUGGAAUGUCUCUGGGCAAUAGCUCUGUCAACAAUCAAUCACCUGUGAGGAAUGACCCACCGACCCCAGCACAGAUAGUACUGGAAAGCUGCCAAACAAGAUCAAGCAACUCAACCUUUGAUAUACGAGAAAUACUGAGCAAUUCUGGAGGAUCGGCGUUAAUAUCAUCUUUAGACAGAGACAGGCACCUAAGCCUCAAGGAGCGACGUCAGAUGGUGCGGUUGUUGGUUUCUCAUUUGAUGGAAAGGUUUGGGGAAACCCCAACAGCCGAGAUCAAAAAGGAGAUGGCUUUGGCAAUAACUGUCCAGUUUCCUUGUCUGAAAAGCAAUGAGGGAUACGGAUAUGAGGUGUGGUAUACACCUUGUCGCUAUCGUCACCCUGCAACCGGGUAUCUAGAAGAAAGACUCCGCAACGUGAGGAAACGUCUGAGAGGCCAGAGACAGCACAGCAAUCCACAGCCAUCCCAGAAUUCCUCUUCCCGACCCAGUUUUCCACUGCCAGAGUCACAGUUGUCUUCGACCGUCAUCCAAACAAUGAUUGAGUGGCUGAAGAACAAUAGAAGCCCUCACAGCCAAGUCAUGGAGUUCAUGAGACACACAGCCCCUCAUCGAGCCGCAUGGAUUCGAUCACAUGGAACAAAAACCAUAGAAGAAAUCAAUGCAGAAUAUCCCAGACUUCACGACUCUCCUGGAAUGAUAUUACAGGACUUUGAAGUUGUAUUCCCUGACCAUGCUGACCGCCUUUAUGAAUUUUGGGCUCCUAUCUUCACUGACCGGAUUUUACUUUUCACAAAAAAAGAACCCAAGGCUUCUGACGUCCUUCCAGAGAAUCUGGAAACACUGCCAAUAGAUGUUCGUGGAGAAAUUGCCUUAAAUUGCCUUCCUGUCAUCCUGCCAUCAUCGCCAUAUCGCACAAAUGAGAAAAUUGUGCGUCCAACAUAUGCGGAAAUGAAGCGCAGCUUCGUCGACAUUCAACCUGUUGGAACUGAUAUGGUUCAUUACCUGGACAGCGAGACGAGCCCGGAUCCACACGUGCUGGUGCUCGGGGACAAAGGGAACUUCUCCGAAGUGUUCGUCAUUUUCAACGGGGAGGCAAUCGAACAGGAGACCUUAGUUCAAGCUGUGGAUUUAUGUUUCAAAAUGUUUUAUGUCUAUGCCAUAAACUAUCCAAAGCCCUCUGCUCCCAUUUGGGAGUUUUUGCAGCAUGCCAUCUUUAAAAUCCCCGGAGGAGUGCCGUCCACACACUGCUGCCUCCUGAAGAACUUCGUCUUCACUGAUCAUCAGCAGGUCCAGUAG